AAUAACACAAUACACAGCUGGCCUCUCACUCGAAUUCGCGGCAUGUUUCUCCAGCGACUAUCAGACAAUUCCGUGUAUGAGAAUUCCAAAUUUUGUCCUUUUUGCUUCGCCUGCUGACAGGAAGCAAGCGUUAUGGCGGAUGGGAAUCUGGUGACAGUGGCCUCCAAGAAGCUGAAGGCCCUGCAAGAGGGGCUCCUUACGGACGUUGUCUUUCUCGUCGGCGAAAAUGACGAAACGGCCGAGGAAAUUCGGGCUGUCAGGUUUGAUUUAACUGUGAGCAGCACGUUUUUCGCCAACCUUUUCAACAGCCCUUUGACCCUGAAAUGUGACGGAAAAUUCAGGUUGAAAAACAUUGAGCCUCGAGUCUUCAAAUUGAUCGUCGAGUUUACUCACCUGAGUGGACAGCUCGUGUCCGAAGUGGACAGUCUGGAGACCUGCCUUAAGCUGGCGUCUGCCGCUGAUGAAUACAUGAUUGACGACCUGGCUGCUCUGUGCUCCAAACUGCUCGAGGACAAGUUCCUCGGCGUGGACAACGUGUGGGCAGUGCUGAGCGAGCAUAUCAUGGUGGAAGCUGUGUCCUCCGUGUGUCUGAAGUUUCUAGGCUCAAAGGCGAACGUCUGUUUGAAGAGGAUGGAAUUUCUCGAUGCCAGUGAGGAAGCAGUGAAGCUUUUCUGCAAUUUGGAUGAGAUGAACGUCGAGUCUGAGUCGGAACUUCUGGUAGCUCUUCUUCAUUACGUCAUACUCAAAGAGAACAAAAAAGAGAAGUUUUUCGCCAAUGCUGUCUUCCUGGCCUUCGAGUUCUGGCUCUUGACUCUGCUGACCUUGCCAAGGUGUUUCCCAUGCUCACUCUCGAGGAGAAGACCAGCAUUGUGACCUGGAAAAGCCCUCUGAUGGCUGCAGAGAAGCCUCAGCUCGCGUCUGGCCUCUGUCCAAUCUCUAAACCGAGAUCGGAAAAUAUAAAAAUCACCGGAAAGCAGACGUUGAUUUUGGUUCCAGGCAGUCAAACCCUUGGCACCAGAGAUAUUUACUUGACUGGAAGAUACAUGGUAUGCACUUCUAGUGUACGGGAAAAAAGUUGGAACGACCCUUCUGAACACUGCUGGGUUUUACUUGCAUUGUGCCCCAAAAAAAGUAUCAGAAUCUUUGGCUUUGAGAUCUUCAACAGCCUGGACUUGACCAAAGAAGCUCACCCCCAGAGUGUGAAAUCACUUUCAUGUGGAAGCAUUUCGGAAAUCACCUCAAUCACCGGCAAUCAUUCCAAAUAUCCGCCACAUUUACUCUGUGAAGAAGUGAAAGUUCCCAAAAAACUUGCAUUUAAUAGUUCCAUUUUCAUCAACCACUCUGCUCUGGUUCCUGCUGGUGGAUGUUUCAAUUUGAAGGUAUUUCCCACAGAAGAUUGCGUCUUGAGGACUCAACAGUUCACUGAUCAUCUGGUGCAAAGCACCAACUCGAAAGCUACCUAUGAAGCCUUCAAAAGCAUUGAUAUUUUUCACAAUGAAAAACUGCGUGACGUCUUGAAGGAAAAGUUUUCAGCUGACACCAAGCUUUGCAUCUUCAAAUCAAUUCAAUUCACUGAGAUCUAACUCGAGAAUAUUUUUUGUACGAACAAUUUCAGAAUUUGUAUUCUCAUUCAAAUUAAAUAUAUUGCAUUUUGUUUUCGAAUAAAAUUCAAAAUUAAAUAAAAAUCAUAAAAAUUAAAAUUACCUCUUCGAUUUAUUUUAUUUCUUUUUUAAAUUCGGUCACGAUUACUGCCCUAUCAUCUUCUAAUUGACGUAAUAUGAUGUUGAACCAAAUUUGAGAUGUUUCCGGCUCGCAGGCGAAUUAUGGCGAUUUUUUUAAAAGUUUGCUUUUGCACUCUCGGCACCGAAAUGAGCAGCGUAAAUAGAGGCGCCGCUGAUCUCCUGGGCCAUUUAUUAUGUUUUUACGAUUUAAACACAACGGUGAAGCUAAAACAAGGCCAAAUCUCGCGUUUGGACCCGAUCCGGUCAUCAGGACCCUGAAACCCGACCCUUUGCGCUGCCAUGCUAAUCUUAUGGGAGCUGAUUGUGAAGCGGCGCCUGUUGCUCAGUGUGCGCAAAAGAACAGCGCGUCGGGGGCGGGGCUUGUUAAAAAAUACCGAGCUUGUACCGGUACUUUUUGGAAGAAAAACUUCUACCGUCUACAUCAAUAAUGAGAAAUCUAUGAAUGAUAGCAAAUUUAUUUUAUUAAAAAUGGUAAAUAAUUUGAUAAAUCAGUAAAAAUUUCGAAAUAAGUGCGAAUUCUCAUAUUUAAAAUAAUCGGUUAUUUAGACUGACUAAAGCAAG